AUGAACCCAGCGGCCUCCAUCGCACCAUUGCAAGGCAGGAUCAGUCAUCGGCUUGAACUGGACCAUGAGUGCAGCAACGUGGGUGUGAGAAGCGAAAAGACUUCUUCGAGCAAUAAAAUCAAAAGAUGGAAAGUGUGCGGCUUUGUAUUUCUUCCAUCCGAGCGUGAUGGAACUUUUCCAGAGUUUCUGCUCUCCCUUCCUUAUGGGAUACGAAGGUUGGCAUGUGAAGCGACGAUUUCAAAGCAAACCGUGGUGCUAACGCGCUACACAUUCAUCCAUUCAAUAGACGCACGUCAGGCUGGUAUUAUGCCUUUGCUCGAAGUGCACUCUGGAGGUAUGCAGGUGAACGAGGCGUCUGAUCGAUGCCGGAACCAACAGAAAACCAUGAACCCCCCACAUCCAGAUGCGUUCACGUUGCGACAAUUUCGCAGAUACGAGGCGGUGUUUGCUAAAGAGAUGAAAGACAAGGACAAACGAAAGAACGAAACCUAUGAUAUUGCUGCAACUGUGGAUGCUAUCUCUCCAAUCAUUUCAAUGCAUCCAACAUUUCCUUUCGCCUUUGUGGAGUUAUAUGACGCUCAGUAUCCUGAAGAGACAGCUAUCCUUCUGUUGAAAAGUCAUGACGACUUUAUUUACUCUUAUGGAAUUGCUCCAGGGGAAACGAUAAUCAUGUGCAAUCUACGUCGAAAGAGUUGGAGUGCUCCAAAUGAUUUCAGACGAGACAAGAAACGGAGAUUUGAGUUUCUUGGGGGUCGAAUACCAUCACUUGUCUUCAUUACUACUGCCAGCAGUAAAAUCGAAUCGCCGCAAAGUGGAUCUAUUCCUCCUAUCCCAGCCACCACAGUCCCUCUAGUGUCACUGGAAGGAGAAAUAGCCCACGUGGAAACCACGUCAAAUAGAAAAAUGCAGAAGGCUAUCCACUGGGUGAUGAUUUCCGGUGAUGGAUGUGAAAGUCCAGGAGUGAAGCUAUUCUUGACUUGCUUUCCGAUGGAUACAGCGCUUCAACUAAGCCUACAAGCAGGGGCGAGAAUACGCGCGAUCAACGUUCACAAAUUAUGCGACAGGGGGCUGGUAUCUUCUGAUUCCGCCAAUUUUGGAGCAUGUCUACGAGCUACCGUUUCAAUAAUUAGAAUGUCAUCUGAAUCAAAAUGUCAAAAGGAACGCGGCUCAAAAGGUCGGGUACCUUAUUUACGGUCUAAAAGCGACAGCGACCCUUCUCCGCCUCGCUUGCAAAAACAGGCAAAGCAAUGGAACAUGUCUGGCACCGGAUCUAUUUGGUAUCCAGUACCAUUCCAAUUGAAGAGAAUCGAAACAAGCUAUCACGAAUACAUCUACCAGGACCACGUUGAUGAGUGGCUACAUGAAAACUUUUGUCGCGACGCGACCUCCCAACUACCGGCACUGCCCUCCGCGAUCGAUCUAGUUGGUAGCGCUCAAAGGAGUGCCCAUGUGCUCAAAGGUCAGACUCAUCGCUCUGCAAUACGGAAUCCUUAUGCAGAAUUCUUUGAUCAUGGGGAUGAGAGACUUGGACCAAACAAUUUGGGAGAAAGAUGUUCCGGGUGUAUUAUGUCAAGGCAUGACUAUCUAGAUAACUUUGAAACCAUGUUCCUUGGCUUGGGGAAGAUCAAAAGUGCUUGUGUUGAGUCAUUUAUGAAGGAGUUUGACGUAAGUUUGCGAGGUGGAAAUAUGCUGGGACUCCCAGUGGUAUGGAGUGGAUCAAUUCAUAUCCAAGCCCACGACAUCAUCUCUUCGAGUGGCCAUUCUUGUGUUGCAGGUCAAAUGUGCACUGGUGGGCGAGUGGUCGAAACCCGCUCGGAUGGUUCAACACCCGCCUCUAUUUCGGACAGUUGGUGCCAGAUACCAGUGCUUAUGAAAAAGGAAUCGAAUUGCGCAAAAGGUGACUUUAUCACACUAAAAAUUGAAAAGGCAGUUGUUUCGUGCCUUUGCCUUAGAUCACCGAAGGGGUUGGCUCUCUCGAAGAACGACAACAUAUCGAAAGCGCUGUCUCCAGUAAAGACAGCGUUCUUCAAUAACGAGCAGUUAGGUGGUGGUUGCACAGUUGUUCGACAUCAUGGCUAUAUGAUCAUCGUUGCCGUGCACUUGGUAUCAAGUGAAUCACUGAAUUUCGAUUCAACACAAAAAGAGAUUGACCAAGAAUCCUCACAAAAUGAUGGUAGAAGAGAGACCAUUGCUUCCCUUCUAUCAGAUCCACUGUUGUUCAGUGAUUGCCAUGCUGGUGAUUACACUAGCGGCAUUGUUCUACGUCACCGAUUUGCACCAAAAAAGAUCAAUCCGAUGGGAUACAGCCAGUGCUGCGAACUGAAUGUCUGCAGCCUUACCGAAGAGAUUCACUUACAAAAUCUGUAUUUGAAUGGUUUGUCUCAUCUGCAAAGCAUUGAUGUUAAAGUUUCAGUGCUUUGUCCCGACAGCAUCAGGGACCGCUUCAAGGAAGCCUUUGCUUGCAUUUCAGGAGGUGUUACGUUGGCCGAAGAUGAAUGUGCAUUGGGUGCCUCUUGGUGGACCCUGGCUGAUUCUGGCCGUACAUGCGCUUUGACAAGUGGAGGAUACGAUGAACUUCAGCCGAAUGCUCCAAAGCAUAUGCAUAAUCAAUUGGGUAUAAGACUUCGAAUCCCUUUGAGUGCGAUGCAGCUUGGAGGCCGAGGAUAUGUACGAUGUUCAGUCCAUUCCACCGAAGUCGAAGCUGAUUUUGCCCCGACGAUGGGUACAGUGGAUACGCCCUCGGACGUAUCGUCGGAAAACCUUGCUGGUAACGAGCCAUUGUCAGGCUUUCACUUUUUGGGGUGUAGACGUGUCUACGAUGGAAUACUGCAACGCAGACCACCUCGGAGACUAAUAUUUGGUCCAGACUCCUUACGGUCCGUUGGAUCAUUGCUGUACCCGCCUCAAGUGCCUACCGUCGAAGUGUCCACUCUUUUCAGCCAGCUGUGCCUAUCAUUGCGAGGGAAGGACACCAACCACAUACCAUUAGCUCCCUCUCUUGUGCGGCAGAUCUCCCAUGCCAGCUUUUUGGGUGUUUUAUUCUGUCAAGUCCAAUGUGUUUGCUCCAAAUGCUUUAAACCAUUGGAAGCUACCCGAAUCGACAAACACAAGAAACGAAGAAAAGAGGAAUCAUUGGAAGAACAAAGUUUUUGGCACUUGCCUCACCCCAAUCGAAGUCUGGAACUGGAUGUGUGGAACAACGAAACCAAUUUGGAUCGGCCUUUCCCCAUACCGCAGCCAAAGAUAGCAAAACACAUUCGAGAUUCGCCUCUGAAAUGCCCCAGCGGCCAUUCCUCUGUUUCCUUUGAAGUUCGUUGGGAAUGCAGUGGCAUCGUGGACGAUGGGACUGGCCAAGCCAAGCUCUACGCCGAACGUGACGCCGCUCUGACAUUGUUGGGAAUGGACGCUUUUACGAUUAAGAACAUUGAAGAGGGAAUUUGGUCCAUUCCCAGUGGCACCAUCCAAUUUCAAAAGUCCGUACCUCCUCCCGAAUUUUUACGAGCCAAAGUAAUGCACUCGGUCAUUCAGAAUCGUCGUUGCAAACGCAAAAAUCCAUUGUCCCUAUUGGAACCAAGCUUUCGUGCCGAAUACUUGCUGCAUCACCACUGCCGAUCGUCUCCACAACCCCGGCGACCCUUGGAUUACUUUGUGAGGUGCAAACCUUUGUCGGACCAGAUCCCUCACUUGCACCAUACCAUGGUGGAAUCCUCUGUAGUGACAAGAAGUGUCAAUGGAAGUCGAGAAUAUGCCUUGGCAAUCCAAGACGUGGCUACUUAUUCGUUACCGCCACUCAAGUUGGUGCUAGUGGAUUGCGCCAUUCCUAGCGACGAAGAUGCAAUGCCCCCCUUAACCCAUGACGGCUCAUGA